AACGUGACUGUCCGCACUAUACCGGCCGGUUCGUUGGAUAAUGAGCUCACAAUUAGUGGACAUCACUCACAGUCUCAAGAAGUGUCUGUCUCCACGUCGACCAUUACAGUCCGACCUCACGCUGAAGAUAAUGGUGUGAUGUAUACGUGCGAAGCCAUUCAUACAGCCUUAUCAGCGCCUCUCAGACAUUCGCUCACUUUAUCUGUUUUAUAUCCGCCCGGUCCGCCGGAAAUAUCGGGUUAUACUGAGGGCGAGACCGUACGAAUGGGUGACACCUUAACCCUUGUGUGCAAAUCAAUUGGUGGCAAUCCUUUGGCUCAAUUGGUUUGGUAUAAGAAUGACGAAGAAGUGGACUUUUCUUUCACGACAACUGCCAACAAACAGUCCGCCAAUUCUCACACCUUUGUGGUGGACGCCUCCGACAAUAACGCGGUCUACCGGUGCGUCGCCUCCUCUACCAUCACACAGACACCGAUGGUGUCCGAAAUCAAACUCCAGGUGCACUUCGCGCCGGCAAAAGUCUAUAUAAAUGGCACCAAAGAGGCCAAAGCCGGCGAUAAUGUGACGAUGACCUGUCGUACUGAGCGAAGUAACCCUCCGUCAGAGCUUAGUUGGGUUGUCGACGGCAGACCCGUCACCGCAACCAACACUAUCGUGGCCGACCCUUUAGGUGGUUGGGUCAGUUCGGCCAACGUUACAGUUAUGGUGACCUCUCAGGACAGGAAUAUGAAGAUGUUGUCCUGUUAUGCCAUUAAUCAGGCACUCGGAGAGACAAUUGUUGAGACGUCUGUCCUCAGUAUCCUCUACGCUCCCGAUCCGCCCAACAUAUUUGGCUACACCGAAGGCAACUCCAUUCGCGCCGGUGCUCUACAACGGCUCACAUGUGUGUGCAAUGGGGGUAACCCUCUCUGUACUCUCAAGUGGUUUAAGGGCGACACUGAGGUGACGCAAGCGACUCAAGUGACCACUAAUGGCAACGUUGUCUCCAACGAAAUUGCGAUCAUUACGAAAGACAGUGAUAACGGCGCCCAAUACCGGUGCGAAGCGAGCAAUUCUGCGACACCCGACCCACUGGUAGCCACUGUCCAGUUGACUGUUCACUUCCCCCCGUCGGGCGUAUACAUCAAGAUGAGCCCAAAACAGCCCAAAUCUGGGAGUCAAGUGGAACUGGUGUGCGAGACGGGCAGCUCUAACCCGGAGUCAGUGGUCACGUGGUGGAGGGACGGCUUUCUGCUCAAUGGACACCAGGACGGCAUUAUUGAUGGCCUGUAUGGCGGAAAGACUACUCGAAAUAUAUUACGGCUUAAUGUGACGAGUGAUGAUGACGGAGCUGUCCUCACGUGUCAGGACGCGCCUGAGUUCCUGACGUCUCCCUUAACUCAAUUUGAUGUCAUCGAAGGCCAGUCCUCUCUGAUAAAUCUGACGGCGAGAGGCAAUCCCUCGACCAUUCAGUACAAGUGGUCGCGUCAACCGGACACCGGCGCCGCUGACGGCACUACCGGUGCACCCAUUGAUUCCGUUCGCAUACAAACCGAUGGACCCAUACUUAACAUAAGCCAAGCGCUAAGAAGUGAUUCCGGAGUUUACAAACUCUUCGCUCAAAACGAGUUGGGGUUCAGCGAAACGGCCAUUAAAGUCAACGUUCACUACUCAGCACAGAUACUCAAAGUGAGUGAAUUGGUUUUGGUGGACGAGUGGUCCAACGCAUACCUGGAGUGCAGUGUCGACGCCAACCCCACCACUGAUACCACAAUCCAAUGGCGGCGUAAAGUCCGCAACGAAUCGGACAGUUCUGUC